UGAUUGUCGGCCCACCUGGGCGCGCACAUUCCCGCGGUCUAUAGAGUCCGCGAGACGCGCGUUUCUUUCACCCGCGCCCAGACAACGCCAAACACCAGCAGCGGCCUUUCCGUUCGGUAAAACUGUGUAGAAACGCGCAGACGACGCACCGGGAGUUUGGAAAAAGCCAUUUAUUUCUCCCUCCUCCUCCCCCCCCCCCCCCCCGCCCCCGCCCCUGCCAAUCGUCAUUUUUAGUUCUAUCGAAAUUCGGAUCUAAUUUACAAUCGGGCAACGUUGACACCACGUGCCGGAGGUUAGCCAUACAUAGAUACGAGGUGGUUGAUUAUAUCGUUGUCGUUGCUUCGUAGAAUUAAUUAUCAACUUUGUGGCUUACUGUGCGCGUUCGUUUUACCGUAAUUCAUCGUAAUCGAGUUCGAAUAAGUAAUUGAGGGAAAUUUCAUCGACGUAAAACGUAAUGUGAACGACGACGUGUAUCGUACAGAAGAGUGCCUUCCUCAAAUAUACGAUUAUAUACGUAACGUAUAUAUUAUUGUACAAAAGUCGUAAUUCGCAGUGUGAUCAAGUGAUAUUAAGUAUAAAUACUUAACCGCGUUUGUUACACCAGAAGAGUAUAAUGGAUGUGUAGUAAGGAUGAAGGAACGAUAAUCCUAAUGCUAUAAUAAUACUAUAGGAACAAUAUACACACGAGGUCAUUGAGUCGAUCGGAAUCCCACUCUUGAAUGUGUAUGUUUACGUUUAGCUUCAUACAUCAUUUAUCCUCGUGGAGAUACAAUAAAAUUUUCUGCUCGAUUCGAAGAAUCGCUCGGUCGCGUUUAUAUUAUAUAUGUACACACGAAGACGGUACACGUUAUUCCGUAAACGGUUCCCUCCGAUCGACGCAACAAAUUCACCCAGAGUAUGUAGAAUUACACGUAGUCAAUCACGUCGUCGCGCGGUACAAAUGUAAGACAAAAAAGUGACAAUUUAUUUCACAAAUCACACGCAUCGCUCGAGUGGGAAAGACAAGUGCGGAGGAACCGGUGCGAUUUUUCUCAAUGAAAACUUCGACGGUACGAAUUUAUUCACGCGUCAACGAAACCGAAAUAUAUUUAUAUAUAUAUAAAUAUGUAAACUACCGGGCGAUUUUAUAUCAGUGAGUAUAUAAAUAAUAAGUAUGUACAGUCCGGCGGUUAAUGAAAAGUUUAAUUAUUAUCGUAUACGUUGGGACUCCUCUUGUAAUGCGGAGGGUUAAACUCGAACUGAAUAACUACUGAAAUUAGUUAAUAAUUUUCAAACAAACUUACGAUAUAUAAUUAUACAGUUAUAUAUAUAUAAUAUCGAUCGAAUGAUUUGACAAACUAUAUAAUUCCGAUCUGGUGACGAUCUGGUGCGAUUGUACGCGACAAUAAAAAAACAAAAAAAAAAAAAGAAGAGAAAACUAACGCGGUGACUAAAUCAUAAAUCGUGUAAAAUGUUUGACCAUGCGACGGAUUUUUUUACAGUGAAGUGAAUUCCCGUCUCGACGAAGCGUCGAACGUCCGUUAUAGGGAAUAAUAAUAAUAAUAAUAAUAAAAUAAAAAAAAAUAAAAAAAAAACCAACGCGGUAUCGGGCGUGAUAAAAAUCAUGGAUUUGAGUACGACACAACGCAGACAACCCGACGGUCUGGUAGCCGUACAGGGGGACAUGCAGAAGACCCGUGUCGCGAAAAGCGUCUUUAGCAUACGGAGCCUGGUGGACGUCGGAGAUUCCGAUUUUCCACGAAAUAAACAGGAUAUCCAGGAUAGCCAACAUCAGCCGCAACGCGCCAUUCGUUCGACUCAAGAUAACUCGGUGCCAGCCGGCAGCAGCGCGUCUGUACCGCGGACGAGCCCUGCGGGUAGUUCGAACGGUUCAACGAGCGGAAAUUUGCACGGGACAUCGCUGCGCGACGAUAGCUUACAGCAGCAUCAGCAGCAGCAGCAACAGCAACAACAACAACAACAACAACAACAACAACAACAACAACAUCAGAUAUCCGUCAAUCAAAUGGGGAUAUCGACCGGCGAAGACAUAAGACACGACGAUGAGAGCGGACACAACAGAUCGACGACAGCUGCGCCAGCUAGUCCGGAAAGUGAGGUGGAAAACGACGAUUACACACCGAAAAGAAAACAAAGACGUUACAGGACUACCUUCACCAGUUUCCAACUGGAGGAACUAGAAAAAGCAUUCUCGAGGACGCAUUAUCCCGACGUAUUCACGAGAGAAGAACUCGCCAUGAAAAUCGGACUGACGGAGGCUCGUAUACAGGUCUGGUUUCAAAACCGACGCGCCAAGUGGCGAAAACAGGAGAAAGUCGGCCCCCAAGGCCACCCGUACAACCCCUAUCUCGGUAGCGGGGCGCCCCCGCCCUCGGCGGUCGUCGCCCCCACGUUGCCGAACCCUUUCGCUCAUCUCGGAACGUUCGCCCUCCGAAAGCCCUUCGACGCCUUUCGUUACCCGCCCUUGGGCGGUUACCCCCCGCAUCCCUACCACAGGGCGCCGCCCCCCCUGUCCCCCCUGUCCCCUCUGUUGCCACCGGGUAUCCCUCUGUCCUACACGAGCGCCGCGCAGUCCUUCCAGAGUUUUCUGGCCAACAUAUCGGCGGCCCAGAGACCGAAAUUAGUCGACGUCCCUCCCCCCCCGCCGCCGAGGAUCGGACUACCGCCCCCUCCCCCGCCAUCAUCGACGACAGCGUCUACAGGGACGAUAAAUUCUCCCCAGGGAUCGCCCAAUAACGGCGGCGGCGGCGGCGGCGGCGGUCAAGGAGGUCAAGGAGGUCAAGGAGCACCUCAGGACAUGGACAGAAGAACGCACAGCAUAGCCGAGCUACGGUUGAAGGCUAGGGAGCACGAGAUCCGGCUCGAAAUGCUGAGGAAAAACGGAGACCUGGUCAGUUGAACCGGGGUGCUGUAUAUCCGUUGAUACGAGGUGCCUUUCGAUAUCCGAGCUUUUGCUUAUUGGUGAUGAGAUAAUCGCGCUGGAUUUCGGUAUAUUUCCUUGAUAUUCUUUGUUUUUUCUCCGUUGCUGAUUGUAUUAUUCCGUUGACCGGUGCAACGCAUAAGAAAAAUACGUAUAUAGUAUAACGUAAACGACGUCUAAAUUUGAUCCGGACUGGUUCGGGUGAAUUUGACGUCGCGUUGGUUAUCGACGAUUAUGGUAUAUCCGCGACAAAUAUCUUCAUCCCGAAUAAGACGAUUACUUUCGAUUUGUAGAGGUUUUCUCGUAUUAUCACGGAUAUAUGCGUACGUGCGCGCGUGAUCCCCGGAAUCAAAAAAAAAAAAAAAAACGUCGGAAAUUCGUACCGCAGAUCUUCGCUGACGACUUGCAGAACUCACGGAGAGCAUCAUCAUUCGAUCAUCCUUAGUUUUUCCUUCAUUUUCUUCUUUUUCUUCUUUUUCCAUCUUCGAUUAACGGAGGAAACGAUCUCUCGUAGGUUCUUCGAAUCUGUCGCCGCUUUUUAGCGAAGUUUAUCCGUCGGUACGACAAUGACGAAAUCGGUUGAGUGGGGGUUGAGAGAAAAAUUUUAAUAAUAAUUACGAUUAUAGUUAUAAUUGUUGUUAUUAUUAUUAUUAUUAUGAUUAUUAUUAUUAUGGGUAUAAGACGAAGGCGAGAGGGAUCAUCGGGUAUAUAAAUUAUAUGAAGUAACGAAACAAAAGAUUACUAUAUAUAAUGAAAAGUUGUAUGUUCGAGACGCGAUCAUCGUUUAUACAUUUGAUUAUACAUACAUGUAAUACAAUUUACAACAGACGUAGGUAUAUACUUCACAGUUCUGAGGUUGACGCUAAUUUUACUUGAAAAAAACAAAACGAAAGAACUAGAAAAAGAAAGAAAACAACGCAUACCUACCCAGUUACAAUAUCGCAUAUUUAAAAGACUAUUUUUUAACGCGUUCACUCGGAAACGGAAAAGAUAAAAGUAAAAGACGAACAUAGUAAAACGACAAACAGAAAUUAGAUAUCAAAUGCAAUAUCUAUACCAUAUUUGCACUAAGAUAUAUAUUAUAUAUACAAAUCAUUAGAUAAAAAUUCAUAUAUACUUUAUAUUAACAUUUGAGAAUACGAAAAUAAUUCAAUUGACUACGCGCGAGGACGAAUGUACGUAAUUUUACAAACGUAGUCCCUUACCCCAAUAUUCCUCAUAAAUCAGUUACACAUACAUUUAUAUAAAUAUUAUUAUUAUUAUUAUUAUUAUUGUACACCGGUAGAAUAUCUAUAAAAUACAACUAUAUUUACUUAUACUAGACAGAAGUAUAAUUACCUUUACGUAUAGAUAUUUAUAUUAUCAUGAUACUUAUUAUUCUUAUUAUUUUUUAUUACUGUUAUUAUUAUUAUUAUUAUUAUUACGAUUGAUGUUAUUAGCAUUAUCAUCAUCAUUAUCAUCAUUAUUAUUAUUACAAUUAUAAUUAUUAUUAUUACUAUUACUGUUAAUCAACGAGCGGGACAUUAUGUGAAGCAAAGUUUGAUAAUUAGAAGAAGAGAAGGAUUUCGUUUUUUCAAUUGUGAUAUUUCUCGGUAUUUCUCGGGAAUUUAUAAUUCUAUCCUCGGGGUAUACACACAUAUAAAAGUCGUGAAUACCGAACAUACAUAUAUACUUAUAUGCGCGUAUACAUUAUAGUGAUUGUGAGUGGUACAAUAACUCUAAUAAUCAACAACAAACAAAAUGAACUUAUAAAUUGAUGAAUAAAAGUAAUACCUGAUGAGAAAACACCAUAAUUUUGUCACGAACGAAUAACAUGUGUGACCAAAAUGUGUCGAACCGGACGAUAAAUUAUACACUUGAUAUAUAUAAUAAUAAUAAUUAUGAAUAUUAUCAGCAUUAACGUUAUUACUAUUAUUACUAUUAUUAUUAUUAUUAUUAACGUUAUUAUCAUUAUUUGUAGUCGCAUAUACAUCAUAUGUUGCGUAAAUGUUUAUAUUAAUGUAUUAUUAUUAUUAUUAUUAUUAUUAUUA